AUGAAGAGACAGAACCACACAGUGGUGAGUGAAUUCUUUUUCCAGGGUUUUUCCAGCUUUCAUGAACACAAGCUUACUCUGUUUGUGGUAUUUCUCACCUUGUAUGUUUUAACCCUGACUGGCAAUGUCAUCAUUGUGAUAAUUAUCAGCAUAGAUCAUCAUCUUCACACCCCCAUGUACUUCUUUCUUAGUAUGCUUUCAACGUCUGAAACUAUGUACACGUUGGUCAUUGUGCCACAAAUGCUCUCCAGCCUCAUAGAACCAGGCCGACCCAUUUCCUUGGCUGGUUGUGGCACCCAGAUGUUCUUUUUUAUCACUUUGGCCAUCAACAACUGCUUUCUACUCACAGCAAUGGGGUAUGAUCGUUAUGUGGCCAUCUGCAAACCCUUGAGGUACACAGUCAUCAUGAACAAAAAGGUUUGUUCCCAGCUGGUAUGGGGGGCCUGCAGCAUUGGGCUUCUUGUGGCCAUAAUUCAGGUUUUCGCUGUGUUCAGGCUGCCCUUUUGUGAUAAAGAGGUGGCCCAUUAUUUCUGUGACAUCCGCCCAGUUAUGAAACUCUCCUGUGCUGACACCAAUCUACAUGACAUAAUUAAUUUCAUUGUCAGCUCACUUGUUAUUGUGGUGCCCAUGGGUUUGGUCUUUAUCUCCUACGUCCUUAUCAUCUCCACCAUCCUCAAGAUUGCCUCAACUAAGGGCCAAAGGAAGGCUUUUGCAACUUGUGCCUCUCACCUCACUGUGGUCAUUGUCCACUAUGGCUGUGCCUCCAUUGCCUACCUCAAGCCUGAGUCAGAGAACACCAGAGAUCAGGACCAGCUGAUCUCAGUGACCUACACCGUUUUUACUCCUCUCCUUAAUCCCGUGGUGUACACUCUGAGAAACAAGGACGUCAAGGAUGCCCUUCGCCGUGCUAUCCGCCAAAAGCCUCUUGCCUAG